AUGGCAGACUUAGAUUAUAUCUCACAAUUGGAAAGCAUUGUUAGCUAUAAGUUCGCAAAUCGUCUUUUAAUAUACAGGGCAUUGACAGCACCUGGUGCAGAAGGCAGCAAAGAAGGGAACGAGGAAGAACGGCAACAGUACGACGGUAAUCGUAAGCUUGCCAAAGUAGGCGAAAGCCUCAUUCAGUCAGUUUUAAAAAUGAAAGAGGCCCUUGGAGAAGAGGAAGGACAAGGUGAAAUUGAAGCUUUGAAGUUCGGUAUGAUCAAACGAAAUCACGCAGAGAAAGCUAAGGCUUUUGGAAUCGAUAAAAUAAUGAGACUCAACCCUCGCCAACGAGGAGUAGCAAGCCCGAAUACGCUGCAUCUAGCAAUUUGUGCCAUAGUCGGAGCAGUCUGGGAGGAUUGUGAUCAACAAAUUUCGUUCAUAAAUUCAGUGGUAGAAUUUCUCUUAAUCAGGAGCAGUACGAAUUGUAAGAUCAUUCCCUUUGAGGAAUUCAUUUCUAUGGAGAUGUUGAUUGACGACGACGUUGUGCCAAAUUCUGCGAUGAAUGUCGGUUAG